GCGGCAUUUCCGCUAGCCGGUCCCUCGGCUGCUGCUCCUGGAGGCGACAGCGGGAGUGGUGGGAGCGCGCGGCCCGGGGACCCGCAUUCCCCGGCCCCGCUCCGCCCCACGCGGCCGGGACCAUGGACGCCAGGUGGUGGGCAGUGGUGCUGCUGGCUGCGCUCCCCUCCCUCGGGGCAGGUGGAGAGAACCCCGAAGGCCCUCUGGAGUCAUGGACCCAGCUAUGGUUCUUCCGCUUUUUGGUGAACGCGGCUGGCUAUGCGAGCUUUAUGGUACCUGGCUACCUGCUGGUGCAGUACUUCAGGCGGAAGAACUACCUGGAGACAGGCAGGGGUCUCUGCUUCCCCCUGGUGAAAACUUGUGUGUUUGGCAACGAGCCCAAGGCCCCGGAUGAGGUUCCUCUGGCUCCCCGGGCAGAGCCAGCAGAGACCAGUCCCACUUGGCAGGCCCUGAAGCUGCUCUUUUGUGCUGCGGGGCUCCAGGUGUCUUAUCUGACGUGGGGAGUGCUGCAGGAAAGAGUGAUGACCCGCAGCUACGGGGCCACGGCCACACUGCCAGGUGAGCGCUUCUCGGACUCACAGUUCCUGGUGCUAAUGAACCGCGUCCUGGCACUGACGGUGUCUGGCCUCUACUGCAUCUUAUGCAAGCAGCCCCGGCAUGGGGCACCCAUGUACCGGUACUCCUUCGCCAGCCUGUCGAAUGUGCUCAGCAGCUGGUGCCAGUAUGAAGCUCUCAAGUUCGUCAGCUUCCCCACCCAGGUGCUGGCCAAGGCCUCCAAGGUGAUCCCUGUUAUGCUGAUGGGAAAAUUGGUGUCUCGGCGCAGCUAUGAGCACUGGGAAUAUCUGACCGCCGGCCUCGUCUCCAUCGGGGUCAGCAUGUUUCUGCUGUCCAGCGGACCGGAGCCCCACAGCUCCCCGGCCACCACGCUCUCAGGCCUCAUCCUGUUGGCAGGUUACAUUGCCUUCGACAGCUUCACCUCCAACUGGCAGGAUGCCCUGUUCGCCUAUAAGAUGUCAUCGGUGCAAAUGAUGUUUGGGGUCAACUUCUUCUCCUGCCUCUUCACAGUGGGCUCCCUGCUAGAGCAGGGGGCUCUCCUGGAGGGCGUCCGCUUCAUGGGGCGACACAGCGAGUUUGCCGCCCACACCCUGCUGCUGUCCAUCUGCUCUGCAUGUGGCCAGCUCUUCAUCUUCUACACCAUUGGGCAGUUUGGGGCUGCCGUCUUCACCAUCAUCAUGACCCUCCGCCAGGCUUUUGCCAUCCUCCUCUCCUGCCUUCUCUACGGCCACACUGUCACUGUGGUGGGGGGCCUGGGGGUGGCUGUGGUCUUCGCUGCCCUCCUGCUCCGAGUCUACGCCCGGGGCCGCCUAAAGCAGCGGGGAAAGAAGGUCGUGCCAGUCGAGUCAUCUGUGCAGAAGGUUUGAGGGGCCUGAGCGAUGAAGUGAAUAGGACCCUCUCACCGUACCAGUUUUCCUGUCCUACUGUAACUUCUCGGAGGCGGCAGGCUCUAGGGCAAAAUGCAGGUUUCUCAGUAUCACAGACCAGCUCUGCAGUUGGGGGUAGGGAGCCCAGGAGGCAGCCUUCCCCUUUGCCUUAAGUCCCCCAUCCUCUAGUGGGCAGGAUUCUUCCCAGGGUGGCAAUGACAGUGGGAAGGGGCAGGGGGCAGUAUUGAGAAGGCAGAGGCACCUUCCAAAGCCCCUCCCUCCAAUUCCCUGAAGUCUUGCCCUGUAGGCUCUGCCAACGCCUCACCUGUGCUUGUCCUCUACCUUGAAUACCCACCCUUUCAGACUCCGAGAGACCUGCGUUUCUUACUCUGGCGAGAGAAGCACAAGUGUUGUAGGCUCCAAAUGCUGCUUUCCCAGGAGAGUAAGUGAAAGACGGUGCUGUGCUGCGGGAGGGUGUGGGGAGUCCCGCCCAGCACCACCCCCGCCCUCUGCUCCUGGAUCCCUAGGCUCUGCUCCAUGAGCCAGUUGCAGGUUUUGGUACUUUGGAAAUGUAACUUUUGCUCUUAUAAUUUUAUUUUAUUAAAUUAAAUUGCUGCAGCAGGCUCGGUCCUGUGUUUUGGUUGACUGAAGUACAGACUUUCAACUUCAGAUGGGCUAUGUCCGAUAAACCCAUGAGAAGCUGAAAAUGUGUUUAACACACCUGACAUAGCUUACCCUACCUAAAACUUCCAUCAGCUCAAAACAUCCUACAGUUGCUGUUUAACAGGUGUCAAAUAUCUCAUUUAACUUGUUUAAUACUGGAAACGAAAAGACAGUGGUGGUUACGUCUACCACUUGUUUGUGGCCAGGUGGUGGCUGGGAACUGCAGCUCAGCACCCAGCCACACCAGUGAAGGUACCUCAUACUGUCAGCCCAGGAAAAGAUCAAAAGUAGUUCCUACUGCAUGUGUGUGCUUUUGUAUCAGCACAGUAAAGUCAAAAAACUUUGAGUGGAA